ACGACGAUGCGAUCGCGGUUCCCGGUCGACUGGUGAAAAAUCGAUCGGCACCCGUCGUCUGUGGUUCCCGCGCGCGCUCUCUCUCUCGGCUGAAACGCCAUCGUCCUCGUCGUCGUCGUCGGCGUCAUCCAUCGCGCGGAAACGCACGCGAAUCGCGCGGCCACGGUAUCGGCCGCGUCGCGACACUCGCUAUCCACGUCGACAUCACCACCGUCCCGGGCGUCGCCGUUAUAACACCGGCAAUCACCUGUCACCAUCUGCACCAUCGCCGAUCACGUGGCUUGCUCGACGGCGACGCUGUACGACAAUGUUCACGCCGCGCCGCUGUGCGGCUCCGGCGUGGGCCACCCUGGCUCCGUCACGCCGAUGGGGGCAGCCACCGGAGCGGGGAAUUCCACCGGGGUGACCUGGUGGGCCAUGAUGAACGGUUCCCUCUACGAGGACAGCCCGCCACCGAUCCCGCCAACAGCCUCCAGCCUCGUUUCCAUCCAGCAACAGCAACAACAGCAACAACAAGCAACCUCGACGCCGGCUUCCCACCAGCAAGCCACCACACCGACCUCGCCAGCUGCACCGGUGUCCUCGGCAACGAGCGCGCCUCCGCCGCCCACGGCCAGCGCCAGCUCGACCUCGCCGAGCGCCUCCUCGGUGGCGAGCAACAGCGCGCCCGGCCCGCUCCACAUACCCGCAAAGAGGUUGACCGCCACACCGGCCGCUUCGUCUUACGGCGAAGUCGGCUGCGUCGAGUCUACAGCCGCGCCCGCCGCUGGACCAGCGGGCGUCAUUCGUCAUUCCCAUUCGUCCUCGGCUGGCUCGCAAGGCGGCUGGAGUUACAGUCCCCAUCAUCCCCAGGACUCUCACUACUCGUCCGCCGCGUCCGCGGCUGACUCCCUCAAUCAUCACCAAACCUACGGGGGUAACAAUCCCCCGACCUACUACAAUCUGGCGGCCGACCCUACCUCCACCUCCGGCUCCUCCAGGGACAACCGGAAAGCCGGCACGCUCAGCUUUUGGUCGCCGGCCGCGGCGACAGCGGGUUCCGCCGCCACCGCCGGCUCCACUCCCGACUACAAGUCCUACAAUUCGGCCGGCGUCGCCACCACCAGUUCCUCCACCGGUGGCGGUUCCUCCUCAGCGGCCUCGGGGGCCGCCGAUCCGGCAGUUUCCUCCUGUCAUCAGAGCUUCUCGCAGAGCUGGUGCAACUACGCGCCGUACACCACGGCCAGGCAUCACCACCCGGUCGACACGGCCGGCCAUCAUCAUCCUCACUCGCAAGCCGGGGUCCCGUAUCUCACGCCGUCCGCGGCCGACGACCGGGGAAGGGUCACUGCCGCCAUGGUCGCAGCCGAGGGCGCCUUCCCUCACGACGGAUACGGUGGCCUGAGAAAUUACGGGGCACCCGAACCUGUCACCUCCAGCCCGUACCCACCUCCAGGUUCCCUGGCGGGAGUCGGCGUCGGUGUCGGCGUAGCCGGGAUGGGCGUCGGUUGCGGGAGCUCGAACCCCCUGGAAUGGACCGGGCAAGUGACGGUGCGAAAGAAACGCAAGCCGUACUCCAAGUUCCAGACCCUGGAGCUCGAGAAAGAGUUCCUUUUCAACGCGUACGUGUCGAAGCAGAAACGAUGGGAGCUCGCGCGCAACUUGAACCUGACCGAGCGACAGGUGAAGAUCUGGUUCCAGAAUCGACGAAUGAAGAACAAGAAGAACAGUCAGCGGCAGACGCAGCAGCAAAACAACAACAACAACAGCAGCGCCAACAACGCGAAUCACCACGCGGCGACCGGUAGCCACCACCAUCCGAGCGCCGCGCAUGCGCCACCCUCGAGUCACCACGUGGUCGCGCAGGCGCACCACGCGAACGGUUCCGCGAAGCAUCAUCACGGCACCGGCCAUUCCGGCAGCCACCCGAGCCUGGUUACAGGUCACAGCCACACGCUUCACGCGCCCCAACCUCAAACGCCUCUGCCGACCCACGCUGCCGGUGCCUCCAGCACCGUCACGCCCCCCACCGCUGUCGUUCAUCCUCACAUUCACGCACACGCUCAUCAUCAUCAGUUGGCGCACGUGGCUCAGCAGUAUCCUGCGCUUCUUCAUCAGACGCCUCAUGGCCUGGCUGCCUGAACUUGAUCCUUCAGGUUUCUGACGCCCCAGAGAAAUCGUCGAUGAGUCGUCUAUACACGGCUCGGACCUUGCAACGCAACUUUUCGUCGUCAUCGUCGUCGUCGUCGUCGUCGUCUUCUUCAUCGUCGUCGUCGUCGUCGUCGUCGUUGCAGUCGUCGUCAUCAUUGCAAAUCGACAUCCACGACUACGUCGGAUAGAUAGAUAUGU